AUGAAGUAAUCAAUUAUUAGUCCAGUCAAUCAGCUUAACUCUCCAUCUAUUUCACACUUCAGAUCAUAAACAAGCGGUUCUGGUGUUUUUGAUUAAUCUCGUAUAUUGGAGGAGACAACAGAGAAGUUCUAACGAUCGUGGAUGAUGCUUGAGAAUGUGGAAUAAUUGAAAAGCCUACGUUAUACAUUGAAGUAAACAUUGACUGAACCCAAUUUACAUUAAGAUUGUUAACUAAGUGGAACACUUAUAUCUGGUAAGGUAUAUAAAGUGACUCCUAUGGAAUUCUAUUAUUGCAAUAUUCCCACUAAAGGUUACAAAUCUCCUUUGAAUUGUACAGUGUAUUGCGAUGGGGAAUUCCAUAUAAUGAUAUCUUUUAAUUCUCCAUUUCCAACUAAAUUUAAUUGCGAUUAAGUAAUUAGAAAUAGAACAUGGACUGUUAGACAUAAUGGAGAAGAGAAACUUAAUUUAGCAUUUGUGGCUCGUAAAUAAACAGAUAUAAAAUUUAUGAUAUAUUAUGGAUAGACAGACUCUUUUAAAAAGAUGAUAAGAAUAUCAAGUAAUCAUGAGAGAGUACAGAAAAAUGAAGAAAUUCAAAAAAUACCUUAAUUUAUAGUUAAUCAGAAUAAGAUACAGGCAUUUAAGAAAGUAAAUAAGUAUGAAAUGGAAGUAAGUCGAUCUGAUCGUUUCCUACAAGUGCUCAAGACAAGAAAUUUACAAAAGAAAGCAAUAGUUGAAGCAAAUCAAUAAAAAAAUCUUGAUUUUAAAGCUAAAGAAUGGGCUCAUGAUGAAUAUAAACUGAUAACAUUAACUUUAAGGAAUAGAGAAAGAAGGACAGAAUAAACAUUCCUUUGGUGUGAAUUACUUCAUUAUAUAAAGUGUGUAGAUAAAUUGUAUUACAUGUUGCAAUAAAGAAGGAAGCAAUUAAAGAAAAAUAAGCUAAUGAUCAUUAGUAUUCAAUUAAGAAUUAGAAAGUUUAGAGAGGAUUACAAAUUGAAUAGAGAGAAUCUUAAUUAUCGAACAAUUGGAUAAACAAUGAUGGCUUUGACAAUGUUUUGUAGGUAAUCAAAGAGGAGGAUCAUUAAUAAUUCAUUAAUUCUUGUUUUACCACUAUUGAAAUAACGAGCCAAUUUAUAUAUGUUUAAGAAGAAGGCUCUAAUUACAAGUGGGAAAUUAUAAUUGAUUAGAGUCAAUUUAAAUUAAUUUGUAAAGAAUGUGAGAGAAUACAAAGCAAGAAUGAUUUAGAAAUGGGAUUAAUAUACAAUGAAGAUUCACUAAUAUUCAUCUUUGCAUAAAACUGAUAAGAGAUUUAUUACUUGGGUUAGAAUUCUGUAUGAGAAAGGAUACUAGAUAUAUUUUUAGAAUCUAUUCAUUACUUUAUUGAUGAGAGAUAGAUAUCGAUCCCAUAUUAAAGAGUAGAGAGAAAUCAUGAAAUAUAGGUAGGAAAUGAAAACUGCAAAGUUGCAAUUAAAAUUUGCCAGGGAAACAGUGGACAUGUUGACUCUGAGAUAGAGAAUAUUUAAAUUAAGUAAUGACAUAUAUGCAAUGCAACUCAAGAAUCAAUUUUUUAUCCAUUCUGAUGUUGAGAGAUUUGUAUCUUCAAUUAUUGAAUAGAGUUCAUUCAUCUUUUAGGAUGAGGAUAGUAAUUAGAUUGGUAAUGAAAGGUCAUCUCGUCUUCGUGUUAGUCUUAAGAGAUAAAAAACUCUUCGUAUCUCCAGAAAAUCUUGA